AUGCCUAUGGUACAAGUACCUACCUACCUGCCUAGGCAGGAUUGGUUGAGAAUGCUUUCUUCUUUCCCUUUUGUACACUUUAGUACAAGUUUAGGAUCAUAG